AUGAGCAAGAAGCAGAGGGCCCUCGCCCAAGAGGAGGCUUUGCGCAAACAACGAGAGGCUGCCAUGCUCCCUAAGCAGCCACCGCGACUGCCCUCACACUCGCCGCUUCCUCAGAUUGACAACUUUGGCGGCGACGACGGCCGUCCCGACUCGAUUGCCAUCAUCUCCAACAAGGCAGGUGCUUAUCCGUACCUGCACAACCCCAGCAGGCCGUCAAUGGACAACAGCAUGGGUUCGAACAGUCAAGCCACCGGCUUGCCGGGUGCCGCUCCCUCCUACAUGGACUUCGACCCGUAUCCCCGCACCGAGAGCAUGACCAACCGCGGCCGUUACAGCUAUGCAAGCAGCGCAAUCAGCUCCGUCAAUAGCCCUCGUCGCGUGAGGAGAAGGAAGGACCCGACGCCUUUCAACAUCCUUGUCAUUGGCACUAAAGGCUGCGGCAAGACAUCUUUCAUUGAGUUCCUGCGCACAGCGCUUGCUUUGCCGGCAAAGAAGCGCCCCCAUACCCCCCCGCCUCCUCCAACGGCGACAGAGUCUAGCUUCACCUCCGAAUACCUCGAGUCCGAAGUCGAUGGCGAACGGGUUGGCGUUACACUCUGGGACUCUGAGGGUCUGGAGAAGUCCAUCGUCGAUUUCCAGUUGCCUGCCAUCACCUCCUUCUUGGAGUCCAAGUUCGAAGACACUUUUAGAGAGGAGCAGAAAGUGGUGCGAGCCCCAGGAGUCCGCGACACACACAUCCACUGCGUCUUUCUCAUUCUGGACCCGUCUCGCCUGGACACCAAUCUUGCCGAAGCUCGUAAGAGGGCGAAUCAAGGUCUCCUGGGCCAGGUCACCGGAGGCCUGGAUGAGAGCCUAGAUCUCAAUGUACUCCGGGAACUCAAGGGAAAGACGACUGUGAUCCCCGUCAUCAGCAAGGCGGAUACCAUCACAACUGCGCAUAUGCGUUUCCUCAAGAAGAUGGUCUGGGAUACCAUUAAGCGUGCCAAACUGGAUCCUUUGGAGUCGCUUCAACUCACCGACACGGACGAUGAGGAUGAUCUCCUGGACGAGCGAGACGAGGACGCUUAUGUCUCAUCCGAUGUGGAAGACAAACCAGCUUCAAAUGCCUCCUCGUCUCCUCGCGCUCCUUCUAAAGGGACGCCGCCCACCUCACCUCCAAGCGCUCGGAAGACGCACACCCGGAAGCCCUCCGCAAUGUCCGCCUCGAUCCAGAACGAGGAUUCCGAGACCCCGUACCUCCCUCUCAGCAUCAUCUCCCCAGAUCCUUACGAACCCGACGUCGUGGGCCGCAAGUUCCCUUGGGGCUUCGCAGAUCCUUACAACCCCGAACAUUGCGACUUUGUCAGGUUGCGAGAGAGCGUCUUCAGCGAAUGGCGCGCUGAGCUUCGUGAGGCGAGUCGUGAGCAGUGGUACGAAGGGUGGAGGACGAAUCGGCUGCAAAGAGGACCCGCCAGGAGGGUUGCUACUGCCGAUGGCCCCGUUCGACAACAGCUUACCGUUCCCAAUACCAACGGACGUGCUGCGAGCGCCGGCAGUCCGGAUCGUCGUCAGGGUAGUCGACCAUUCUGA